UGGGGAAAAACAUGCAGAUGUAAACACACGACAGAACUUCCCUCUGCUUUUCCGUCCUAUUUGCUAAAUCUUCAUUUCCAGAAAAAAGCAGUGGAUCUGAAAUUCUAUUUUACUGAAUUGGGAACUGCAUGAACUGAUAAUGAGGCCUUUCCUUUGGAUACUGUUCUUUCAAGGCUUUGGGUGUUCUGAAUACCCUCUAAGGAUAAGUCCCAAUUCCUUGGUGGCCUGGACAGGAUCCUGUGUCUUAAUUCCAUGUCAGAUUGAUGAAAGAUUAAAUUCUAAGAAAAUUGUUGCCACCUCUGUGGUUUGGUUUUUUCAGCCUAUUUUGAAUAUGACCUUAUUUGACUAUGUUGGUAGCGUCUUAUACAAUAAUUCCAGAAUCCCAAACGAGCAUGCAAACCUACCAAGUCUUGAUUUUCACGGGCGAGUAAGGUUUGCUGGGGAUUUAGCAAAGGGAAAUUGCAGCUUGAUGAUUACUCAGCUCCAGAAAAAAGACCAUGGCACAUAUGGGAUAAAAGUGACUGCAUCUAUGGAAAAUCAAGCUACUACACAGAUACUUUAUACUUCAGCUACAUUGAAAGUUUCUGAUUUGUUUCCAAGUCCCAAAUUGGAAAUCUUGAAAUGCCAGGAAAGGUGGGCACUGCAAGUGGUUUGUUCUGUGCCUUCCCAUUGCCCAGAAGAUCCAAUAACAAUGCAUUUCAAAGGCCUAGAGAAAUAUUAUUUGACUGCAGAAACUAUGACGAUGAAUGAUGGAGUACUACGGAAGGUGGUCACCAUUCAACCAGCUGCGAGACCUAAGAAGAAAGCAAUAACCUGCCAUUUGAGCAACAAGAGCAUGUCACAGAAAUCAUCCAUCACUCUAGAGCUAGAGAUGAAAAAUUGUCCCAAUGAUGUCCAGGUUUUUGUUGUGAAUGAUCUGCCCAUAAAAGAAGGAGAUAUUGUCACUUUGAACUGCUCUGUGGGUGGUAAUAUCUCUAGUAUUAUCUGGUUCAACUGGUGGAAGACUGAUCCCCAUGUAGCUAAUUAUAAAUACAGCGGUUUAAAACUAUUGACUUUCCCUGCAAGGUUUGGACCAGUGACAUCUUACAAAUGUGAAGCAUGCAAUAUUUAUGGCUGCACUUCAUCUCCACUGCUCACUGUGGAUAUCUUCUUUGCUCCCAGGAAAGUCAAAAUUUGGAAAAAUCCAGGAGGUCAGAUUGAGGAAGGCAUGAAUGUUGUGUUGCAUUGUGAAGUGGGUGAAGCAAAUCCCACGAAUCUCACUUAUACGUGGUAUAAAGAUGGGGAAAUGAUUUUAUUGGAUUCUCCCCAUGCCUACUUGAACCUUAUAAACAUUGAUCCAGCACAAUCUGGCAGCUACUGGUGUGAAGCCAGUAACAGUGUGGGCAAGACAUUUUCUCCAACAAUCACACUUCACGUUAUCUCUUUCCAUUGUGAUGAAAAUCCAAUAAACAUCAUUCCUAAUUCUCUGGUUGCCUGGGAAAAGACCUGCGUGGUGAUUCCAUGCCACGUCAAUCAAAUGCUCAGUUCUGCAACAGUCAAUGCCACAGCCAUAGUGUGGAAUUUUAAGCCUUUUGGAAACAGUUUCUGGAGCGAUGGGAAAACUAUCCUGCUAUACAACAGUUCUCAAACCUCUGGAACCAUCACAACUGUAUCUGAUGAUGCUUUACCGAGCCGGACAUGGUUCAUUGGGAAUUUAACAAACAGAGAUUGCAGCUUGCUGAUUACUUCAGUGCGAACACUUGACAGUGGCACGUAUGAAGUGAAGGUGACAGUUUCAGUUGACAAAUACCCAUGGCAAUUCAAGCGGUUCCUUACUGCUACACUGAAUGUUACUGAGUCACCUCCAGAGCCCACCCUAGAAACUAUUCCUGUGAACAUGCAGGAGAAGAAAUUAACCCGAGUGAUGUGUUCGGUACCUUACCAUUGCCCUCGUAAACUAGUAAACUUGACUUUCAGUGGUUUAGAAGGAGAACACUUCCCACCUCAAAAAACAACACUUGGAAAUGGAGUGAUUCAGACUGUGCUGAGUUUUGAACCAACAUGGGAGGACAAUGGGAAAAUGCUGAGCUGUUUGUUCAAAUCCGGAGCACAAGUGUUAUCUCAAAGCUCUGUGAUGCUGGACGUGACAUAUGCUCCCAAGGAGGUUCAGCUUGCUGUUUUAAAUGAUCUGCCCAUUAAGGAAGGAGAUACCAUCAUGAUGAACUGCUCUUUUGGUAGUAGUAAGCCCAAUGAUAAUUGGUACAACUGGUUUAAGUCAGAUCCCUCUAUGAUUGAAUAUAAAUAUAGUGGGCCAAAUUUAUUGACCUUCCCUGCAACACUUGGACCUUACAAUACUUCUUAUGAAUGUGAAGUAUGCAACAGGAUUGGCUGCACUUCAUCUCCAGUAGUCACACUGGAGGUCUUCUCUUCAAAGAAGAAUGGAUAAAGACUGACAUGGAGGAUGAAGGGGCCCCAUUGGAAGACUUGGAAGAAGUGAAAUAAAAAAGAGAAGAAAAGAAACAGAAUUCAUACAUUUUUUUGUGAAUUUGGAUUUAUUUCACUUUACUUCCUGUGUUCAUUUUAACUGUUACUUGAAUAUGUUUUUAAAGAAAGAAGACUAUAAUUUUUUUUUUAAAUAAAAAAGGGCAUUCUUAGAAUCAGCAUUGGUGUGCUCUUUAUGUUGCUAAAAACUAAUAGCUGCCCUUUUUGGCUCUUAUUUGAUGCAAAAGGUUUGCAUACAGUAUUCCAGGGUUCCUCAAAAUCUUCAGCUCAUCAACCUGUACAUGAAGUUUCAGUUUCUUGAUUCCCAAACAUUUACUGAAAUAAUUUAAUAAAUACUAUUUGAAUUGUAUUACAAAUAACAACAAUAUGAACAAUAUGUUAUUGACUAUGGAAAACCCCAUUUCUGCCUUCU